AUGGGGUCCUUUUUUAUUGUAUUGCAUUAUUUCAGCUUUCAAUUGUUCUUGUUGAUGCUGCUUACUCAAUUUACUUCCUAUACUUUCUCAUUAUGCAACCAUCAUGAAAACUCUGCCUUGCUCCAAUUCAAGAAAUCGUUAAUUGAUAGUUCUCCCUUUCCUCACAAGAUAAAAUCUUGGAAAAAUGGAACAAAUUGUUGCGAUUGGGAUGGUGUGACGUGCGACGACGUGUCAGGUCACGUAAUCGGUCUAGACCUUAAUAACAACAAUCUGAAAGGUGAACUACAUCCCAAUAGCACCAUUUUCCAGCUCAAAUACCUACAAAAACUCAACUUAGCUUUUAAUGAUUUUUCUGGUUCUUCAAUUCAUGAUGGAAUUGGUGAUCUAGUGAAUCUCACACAUCUAAAUUUAUCAAACACUCAAAUCAAAGGUAUUAUUCCCUCCACAAUCUCUCACUUGUCAAAACUAGUAUCACUUGAUCUUACCACUUACAUCCAAUACAUCCAAUACAUGGAACUCAAACAAAUGACUUGGAAAAAACUCAUUCGUAACGCUACUAACUUAAGGGAGAUUCGUUUGGAUAAUGUGGAUAUGUCAUCCAUUAGAGAGAGAUCUUUGUCAUUGCUAAUGAAUUUGGCAUCCACUUUGGUCUUUCUUAGUCUACAAGGAACUGGAUUGCAAACAAAUUUUCCAAUUCGAGUCCUUUCUUUACCGAAUCUUCAAGAGUUAGAUUUGUCACUAAACAAUGAUCUUACUGGCAAACUUCCAAUUUACAGCAAGAGCAUUUCUCUUAGAUACUUGGAUCUCUCAUCAACUGCAUUCUCAGGUGAAAUUCCUUAUUCCAUAAGUCAUUUAAACUCUCUUACUCACUUAGACCUUUCAAACGACAAUUUUGAUGGUUUUAUUCCUCAAUCUUUGUGGAACCUCACUCAGUUAUCACAUCUCGAUCUCUCAAAUAAUAAAUUUUACGGUGAAAUUCCAUCAUCACUUUCAAAUCUCACUCAUCUCACUCACAUGCAUCUAGAUCGUAAUAAACUCAGUGGUUUGAUCUCGAAUGUGUUCCACAUGCUUAUCAAAUUAGAAUAUUUAACACUCUCUCAUAACAACCUAAUCGGACCAAUUCCUUCAUCAUUAUUUUAUCUAACUCUACUUUCUUAUUUAGAUUUAUCAUCUAACAAAUUAGUUGGGCCAAUUCCAAUUGAAAUCACAAAACUUUCUAAACUAGGAGUUUUGAGUUUAGCCCAUAACAUGUUGAAUGGAACAAUUCCGCCUUGGUGUUAUAAUUUGCCUUCGUUAACAGGGUUGUACCUCGACCACAAUCAACUCACCGGAUUCAUUGAUGAAUUCUCAACUUAUUCUUUACAAGUUUUAUUUCUCUCUAAUAACAACUUACAAGGUCAUUUUCCAAACUCAAUAUUUGAACUCCAAAAUCUUACUUACUUAGUUUUGUCAUCAAACAACUUGAGUGGUAUUUUAGACUUUCACAAAUUUUCAAAAAAUACAAAUUUACAAGCCCUCAUUCUUUCUCACAAUACUUUUCUUUCUAUUAAUAUUACUUCAACUGUUGACACCAUCUUACCUAACCUUGGUCGAUUAUUUUUAUCUUCUACAAAUAUGAAUGGUUUUCCUAAACUCUUAGCACAAGUACCAAAUUUGGUAGAAUUAGAUCUCUCUAAUAAUAAGAUUCAUGGAAAAAUUCCCAAAUGGUUUCACAAGAGACUUUUAAACUCGUGGACGGAUAUUACAAACAUUGAUCUCAGCUUCAACAAGUUGCAAGGCGAUCUUCCAAUUCCACCUUAUGGAAUUCAAUACUUUCUACUCUCAAACAACAACUUCACGGGACACAUUCCCAUGUCAUUGUGCAAUGCAAGUUCUUUGAAUGUACUCAAUUUGGCUCGCAACAACUUAAUAGGCACGAUACCACAAUGUUUGGGAACAUUUCCUACUCUUUCCGUUUUGGAUAUUCAAAUGAACAACCUCAAUGGAAGCAUGCCUAGAAUAUUUUCCAAAGAAAAUGCAUUUGAGACUAUAAAGUUGAAUGGAAACAAUUUGAAAGGACCAUUACCACAUUCAUUGGCUCACUGUACAAAGCUCGAAGUUUUGGACCUUGGAAACAACAACAUAGAGGAAACAUUUCCGAAUUGGAUAGAAACUCUGCAAGAAUUACAGGUACUUAGUUUAAGAUCAAAUAAAUUUCAUGGUACAAUCACUUGUUCUAACAAAAAGCACCCAUUUCCAAAGUUAAGAAUAUAUGAUGUGUCCGGUAAUAACUUUAGUGGCCCCUUGCCAACAUCAUGCCUUAAAAACUUUCAAGGAAUGAUGAAUGUGAGUGACAAUACAACUGUUUUGCGAUACAUGGGUAAGGCCGAUUACUAUAAUGAUUCUAUGGAAGUUGUAAUGAAAGGUUUUUCUAUUGUACUAACGAGGAUAUUGACUACUUUCACAACUAUAGAUUUAUCAUACAACAUGUUUGAAGGAGAAAUUCCACAAGUCAUUGGAGAAUUAUAUUUUCUCAAAGGCCUUAACCUUUCAAACAAUAGAAUCAUAGGUACCAUUCCACAAUCUUUGAGUAAUUUGAGAAAUUUGGAGUGGCUGGAUCUCUCAAGAAACCAGUUGACGGGCGAGAUUCCUACAGCUCUGACAAAACUGAAUUUCCUUUCUUUCUUGAACCUUUCACAAAACCAUCUUGAAGGAACCAUACCAGCGGGUCAACAAUUUAAUACAUUUGGAAAUGAUUCCUAUGAAGGAAAUACAAUGCUAUGUGGAUUCCCGUUGUCUAAAUCAUGCAAAAAUAACACUGAUCAACCACAUUCAACACAUGAAGAUGCACAUAAUUUACGUUUUGGCUGGAAACCGGUAAUAAUAGGAUAUGCAUGUGGCACAAUAUUUGGGAUUCUAUUGGGAUAUAAUGUGUUCUUAAUUGGAAAGCCCCAAUGGCUUGCAAGAUUUUUUCAAAGUAUGUUUUGCAUAUGA